AUUUUUCAACCGUUCUCUUUCACAGUUACAACAAGCGCACUCCUUCGAAAAAAUAAAUAAAAAUUAUUUCAAUGUAAAAUUUCUAUGUUUUUUCUUGUUAAUUUGUUGUUAUAAAUAUCAAAUAUUAUACACCUAAAAAGCUACAAACAAUAUAACAAAUAAAAGUGUUGUUUUCUUCUGUUAUAAACCCAGUUUUUCAUUUUAAUGUGUUUCCAUUUUUUGUUUUUUUAUCAAAUUUUGUUAAAUUGAAAGAAUCAAACAAAAUGAGUGCCUUUGAGGUAAACAUUACACCGUCCCGACUGAAAGCCAACAAACGAAAUGAAGGCCGUGAGCCGACAAGCGUUGUAAUGGCUCCAUUCUCGUCCAAAGCCAUUGUCACUUUCGAAGAUGUGCCAGUGUCAAAGACAGCUAAAAGAAUCUUGAAGAUUUUCAAUCCUUCUAGCGAUGAAAUUGAGGUACAUGUAACAAAAUUCAUUCGUGCUGAGCACAAUGUUACCAUUGAUUGGACAUCAAAUGUUGUACCUGCUGAAGAACAAAUUGAAAUGGAAAUGAUUUGGAGUCCAUCAAUCGAAAUUGCCUGCAAGGAAACCCUCCAACUGACUGACAAUAGAAAUUUUCGAAAAGACAUUAUGGUUAUACUCAAAUCAAUAAGCAAUAAACCAAUUUCUAAGAACAUCAAACGCUUCCCAACAAUCUCGUCAUCCACAUCGGGUCACACCAAAGUACUCCGCCUCAAAUCGCCAACCCAUUCCAAGCCAAACACUCAAUCCCAACAACGUCGAAAUAGACAAUCACUAAAUUACAAAGCCCAAAAGACUGAUCGAAUGUCCCCAGUUGCUAAAAAGCACCAACAACAACAUUCACAAAAGAAACAAAUCUCACCGUUGGUCGAACGUAACAUUCCACAGAUAGUUUUCGAAGAUAUGAAAACAGUUCCACCGUCACAAACCCAAGUUCGUUCAUCGUCAAAUAACCACAAAGAGAAUGUGAGUCCUCUAACACCUGGAAAUGUCCUCGAUCUAAUUGAUAAAAUGCAAUUUACUCCGGCAACUGAAACAAAGCUAAAACUAGGACAAGGUAAUGAAUUGGAGUAUCUUUCAUCCCUCCCAACGCCAAUCAAUCGUAAUGCCUCGAAUGUUGACGAAAACUUUCAAUCACGACAACUUCGACCACGACGACUUGUUGCCGAUCCAUCCGAUGAUGAAAUCAGUCCAAUGAAUUUGAAAAUCGAACCUCGAACUACCAUCGUCAAACAAGAGUACACAGAAAAUUGUGAAAACGAUGCUGGAGCAAUGAAUAUGCAAACUCCAUUAAUCAAUAAUAAAACCUUCGAUUUGAAACUCUUGAAUAAAUCAGAUGGAUUAAGUGAUUCUCAGGAAAGUUUCGAAGCACCUUGCGAUCGUAUAGUUUUCAAUAAAACUACUACAGUCAAUACUCCAGCUCUCUCACGACCUCUAUCAAUGAUUGAAGAAGAAGAAACAAACAAUGUUCCUAAUAUUCUGCAAAAAACCUACGAAAUCAAAGUCGUCGAUGAACAAUUAAAGAGGGAUGUUAAGCUUGUUGGAACUCCAUUAAGGAAAUACUCAGAAUCCAUGAAGGAUCUAUCAUUGAAAUCACCAUUCUCGAAAAUCUCCAUCCAAGGAUCAAUGCCAAAUUUAAAUGAAAUGGAGAAUAUACAAUCCAUCGAACAAAAUCGUUACUAUCACGCUCCUAAAGCGCCGCCAACAAUCGAAAAGAAAUGUUUCCUAAAGCCAAAAGCCAUUUGUUUAGAUGAUUCUGAUGCAUCAAACAACAGUUUCACGAGUUGUGCUUCACAUGCUGAUAUUCUAUUCAACCAAAACGAAAUCCUGGCUCAGUCAAGUCGGUUUAAUUUGAAUGAAAUUGGUAAGAAAUCUCGAAAAAACAGUCCCGUUAGUGUGCCAAUUCCAAAUAAUCGCAGAACACCACCCACAAAGGCUGCAAAAAAACUGAUAGAAAGUCCAAAUAAGUCAGUUGGAACCAAACGUUAUCGAGAUUUGGCUUUACUGGAUUCUCCAGGAAGUGAUACAUCCAUCUUGAGUAUUCCUAAAGUAGUCACUGCAAGUGUAUCACCUCCAAAACGGGCCAAAUUUGAAUGUGACUCAUUUGCACGAACUUCCACCGGCGCCAGUAGCAAAUGGCCAAUAAUGCAACCCCGAAAGCCAAAGCUAUCUCGAACACUUUCGUUAGUAAAGAAGCCAAUUACCCCAAGAAAGAUCAAAGAAGAGCCAAUUGUCAAGCUCUACGACUCGGAGAUGUAUAUGCAAACUUACAUUAAUCCCGAUCCAUUUGCAGCAACUACAACCCGAGAUCCAUUCUUAGCUUCGACGAUGUAUUUGGACGAACGAGCUGUUGAAAAGCAUUUGGUUGCUUUUAAAAAAUGGCUAAAUGCUUUGGUGACUAUUCCAGCUGAUUUGGACACAGAUUGCAAUCAGAAAAUCGAUGUGGGACGAUUAUUUAAUGAAGUUCGUAACAAAGAGCUCAUCUUAGCUCCAACCAAGGAAGAGCAAUCAAUGAAUUAUCUUACCAAGUUUCGUCUUGAAAGCCUCCGACAGGAAGCUAUAAAAUUCUUUAUGAGCGAAGAAAUGCAGAUUCCAUGUUCCAAGGUGGCAGUUUAUGUCCACAAGAAAGCUAUAAGCAUUCGAACUGAUAGAAACCUUCAUCUAGAUGUCGUCAUGCAACGAUAUAUUUUAGAACUUUUGCUUUGUUUUAAUCCUCUUUGGCUUCGAUUGGGAUUGGAAGUUGUAUUUGCAGAGAAAAUUCAUCUGCAUUCAUGUUCCGAUGUUGUGGGACUGAGUACAUUUAUCGUUAAUCGUCUGUUCAAAGACAAAUUCCUGGAACAGAGAUACUCAAAGGCAUACACUCUAUCCGAUGAGUAUGCAGAUCAUAUUAAAAAAUUCACCCUUCAGAAGGUGCUUUUCUUGCUGCUCUUUCUGGAUAAGGCUAAGACCAAACGGAUUAUUAAACACAAUCCCUGUUUGUUCUUGAAGAAAUCUCCAUACAAGGAAGCCCGUGAGAUUUUGUUGAAAUUCUCCUGUGAACUUUUGGCAAACAUUGGAGACAUAACACGGGACUUAAAACGUCUUGGUUAUGUCCUUACACACAAGCAAAAUUUCCUAGAUGAGUUCAACUAUGCAUUCAGUAAUCUUGCCGUCGAUCUUCGUGAUGGAAUCAGACUCACUCGGGUAAUGGAAAUAAUUCUCCUGCGAGACGAUAUGAGUGAAUUACUCCGAGUGCCAGCAAUUUCACGACUCCAAAGGAUUUACAAUGUCAAUUUGAGUCUGAAAGCUUUAGCCGAUGCUGAAUUUCAACUUAAAGGUGAAAUAACUGCAGCGGACAUUGUCGAUGGUCAUAGGGAAAAGACUUUGUCACUUUUGUGGCAAAUUAUUUACAAAUUUCGUUCACCGAAAUUCCAUGCAGCGGCAAGGGUUAUUCAGUUGUGGUGGAGGAAUUCAUGGUUGGCAGUUUGUAUUCGCCGAAGGAUUCGUGUGAAAAUAGAAAAGCGUCGUAAUUUAGCGGCAACUGUUAUACAAAGUGCCUACAGGGGUUAUAUGUCCCGUAAAUACACUGAGGUAUUCCGAUGGGAAAGAACGAAUGCUGCCAUUUGUCUACAGAAAUAUAUUCGUCGUCAUUUGGCACAGAAACAGUUUUGUCGUACAGUGAACAGUGUUCUGUGUAUUCAGCGCAUGUAUCGGGCAGUCAAAUAUGGAAUGUUGAUUAGACAGAGGUUUGUAGAUUUCCGUAACAGAGUACUGUUGAUUCAGUGCUGGUUUAGGAGAAUAAAGUUUGCCCGGAAGCUGGAACAAGCAGCUCCAAUUAUUAAAUCCAUACAAGCUGAAGCUCUAUUACGUCAUAAUAAAUCCAUUAUAAUUCAGCGGAAUAUGAAAGCAUUCACAUUGAGACAGAAAUUCCGUCGGAUAGUUUAUGAGGUUGUCAGCCAAGUCAGAAGUUCCAAACUCGAAUACAAAAGCGCUGCUAAAAUACAAUCGUCUUACAAAAUGCUUAAACUUCGUCGAGAAUUUUUAAAGAAACGUGAAGCUGUUUGUAAAAUUCAGCAAAUAUGGAGAAGCUAUCAACAAAUGAAAGUUAUUCGCGAAGAAUAUGUUCUUCAGCGACAGAGUGCAAUUUGUAUACAAAGUCAUUAUCGUAGUUUUAAGUUGAUGCAAAAGGAAAGAUGCGAAUAUCUGCGAGUACGAUCAGUGGUUGUGAAGCUUCAGAAUCGUGUUAGGGCAAAUAAAUUGUGCCGAAUUCAAAGAACUGAAUAUUUGAAAAUUCGUCAAAGUGUCAUUGUUAUUCAGCAACGUUUUAAAGCUACUUUGGUUAUGCGAAGAGUUCGCUUGGAAUAUCAGAGACAACGGUUAAUGAUAGUUAAAUGCCAACAACGGUAUCGGGCUAUAUUGUGUAUGCGAAAACAACGUGCUGAAUACUUAGAUGUAAGGACUAAAGUAGUUUCAAUACAAAGAUUCUAUAGAGGAUGGAUCCAAAUGAAAAAAGAUCGAGCUGAAUUGAAGAAAGUAUUGAGUGUAAUUGCAAUUCAGCGGCGUUUCAGAGCAACUAUGUUGAUGCGAAAGGUUCGUAAAGUUUAUCAGGAAGAACGGUUUGCGAUAGUCAAAUGUCAACAACGCUUUAGAGCUAAUGUUUCUAUGCGAAAACAACGAGCUGAAUAUAUUGAUUUAAGAAGUAAAGUAAUUUGCAUUCAACGAUUCUACAGAGGUUGGCUGCAAAUGAAAAAAGAUCGCGCUGAAUUAAAGAAAAUAUUGACUGUAAUUGCAAUUCAGCGACGUUUCAGAGCAACUAUGUUGAUGCGAAAGGUUCGAAAAGUGUAUCAAGAAGAACGGUUGGCGAUAGUCAAAUGUCAACAACGCUUUAGAGCUAAGCUUUCUAUGCGCAAACAACGAGCUGAAUACAUAGAAUUGAGAAUUAAAGUAAUUUGCAUACAAAAAUUCUAUAGAGGUUGGCUUCAAAUGAAAAAAGAUCGAGCUGAAUUUAAGAAAAUCAUGAAAAUUAUUUUGAUUCAGCGUCGUUUCCGAGCAACUUUACUGAUGUGGAAGACUCGCAAAGAAUAUCAAAGGCAACGAUCAGUAAUAAUUAAGUGUCAACAACGCUUCCGAGCUACUUUGUCUAUGCAAAAACAACGUGCUGAAUACCUUAAAAUAAGAUCUCAAGUUAUAUGCAUCCAGACAUUCUACCGAGCUCGUCUUCAUAUGAAGAAAGAUCGUGCUGAAUACGUAAAGACAAGAAAUGCCAUUGUAAAAAUACAACAAAAACUACGUGCAACGAUUUUAGCUCGCAAAGUUUGUGCUGAAUAUAUUCGAUUGACGUAUUAUACAACUGUUAUCCAACGACAAUAUCGCGGUUUAAGACAAAUGCGAAUCGAACGAAGCCAAUAUUUGAAACAAAUAUCACAUAUUGUACAAAUUCAGCGCCGUAUUCGUGCUACCCAACAGAUGAAGGUCGCAAGACAACAAUUCCUCUUACUAAAGAAAUCUGCAAUAGUAAUUCAGCUAAAAUUCAGAGCUUAUUUGGCUAUGCGAUUGGAUCGGGCAAAGUUCAGGGGCAAAAAAUUAGCUGCCAUUUGUAUUCAGCAACGUUUCCGUGAGUACUUGAGCAUGAAAAAACAUCGCAAUGAAUUUAUUUUGCAAAAGCAAGCAGUAAUUACAAUUCAGCAAAGAUUCCGAGCUCUGCUUACAAUGAGAUGUGUUAAAUUCCAAUAUGAGAAUCUACGAAAAAACGUGGUGAACAUUCAAAGAAGAUGGCGAGCACAACAAGAAAUGAAACUUGUUAAGGCAAAUUAUGAAAAUACACGUAAAUUAAUUAUUACUAUUCAGCAACGUUUCCGUGCCAAAUUACUAGGACGUACAGUAAAGAUGGAUUAUGAAAGAGAAAGAUCAGCUAUAAUUGCUAUUCAGCGUCGAUUCCGCUCAAAAAUUCUUAUGAAACAAAUUCGAAAAAUUUAUACAGAGCGCGUUGAGAUGAUUGUGCACAUUCAGCAAAGGUUUAAAUCUUAUUUGCUGAUGAAAAAACAAAGAACAUUUUAUGUUAAACAGAAGCAAUCAGCUAUUAGCAUUCAGAGAUGGUAUAGAUCCGUUUUACACAUGCGGAAAGAAAAGAACACUUAUUUACACACAAAAACCUGUGUUGUAACGAUUCAAAGGUACUGGCGGUCUACACUGUACGCUCGAAAACAACAAUCUGAGUACUUGAAUUUGCGAAAUUCAGCGCUUGUCAUUCAACGAAAAUUCCGUGCAACUCUUGCCAUGCGAAGAGAAAGAAACUCUUAUCAGCAACAGAGAAAGAAUGCGAUCGUAUUACAGCGCAGAUAUCGUGCUCGACUCGCAAUGCUAAAAAUGCGCAGUCAAUAUCUUCUAAUCAAGUCCCUUAUUGUGUGUAUUCAAAGGAAAUUCCGUGCAAACAGAGCCAUGAAGUCCGAUCGACAGGCUUUCUUGCAAUUGAAAAAAGCCACGAUUUUUAUUCAGCAAAAAUUCCGAGGUCGGCAGCAAACUAUCCUUCUAAAAAACAGGUACACUCAAAUAAAAAGAGUGACUUUAGGUUUGCAAGCAUUUGGAAGAGGUUUCUUGGCAAGGAAACGUUAUGAAGAACUUAUGACACCUGAAUUCAGACUUCUUGUGUUGCAAAGGAAGUCAGCCGUGGUAAUUCAGCGAUAUUGGCGAGGCUAUCGCGUACGUAGACGCUGGGAAAACGUACGCAUCCGUACAAUCCGAGCAAAUAUUAAGGUUCUCAAGGAGAGCAGAAAUGUGUUAAAUACCAUCCGGUGGAAGGUACAGGAUUCUGUGCGCAUUUUGCGAGGAAGAUUUAGUGCUUCUGAUGCUCUAAAUGUACUUUCAAGACUUGAACGAAUGUCCCGAACAGUUCCUCACUUGUUGAUGGAACAUUCAGAUUUUAUAUCAACCUUUUGCUAUGGCAUAAUGGCUCAAGCGAUACGUUCUGAAGUCGAUAAGCAACUUAUCGAAUACUGCAGUCGUGUUAUAUUGAAUUUGGCCCGUUAUAAUAGCACAACGGCCAAUACAUUCCAAGAGGGUGGUCUGGUCACCAUCGCACAGAUGCUAUUGCGAUGGUGUGACAAAGAUUGUGGUAUAUUCAAUACCCUCUGUACACUUAUUUGGGUAUUUGCUCAUUCGCCUGAAAAACGACAGAAAAUCCGUGAAUUCAUGACAACAGCAGAAGCUAUUUACGUUGUACGAGAGACGAAAAAACUCGUUGCUCGGAAAGAGAAGAUGAAGAAAAAUAUCCGAAAACCGUUGAUGUCCGCUGCGGUUCGUGAUCAUCAUGGCAUUGUGUUUGGGGAUAAGGCUUUACCAAGUCUAGAACCAGAUUACGGUGUGAUACGCAACAAGCCAUAUGUUUUUAUAUCUUCAGUAUUUGGAUUUGAUUCGGUUCUUUCGAAAUUGAAGAUUGAUAUUUAUAGUUUUUAAUUUGUUCUAAUUAAUUAUUGUAUGUAUUGAUGUAUUAUAGUUUUUUAAUAUGUACUCAAGAAAAUGUUUUUUUUUGUAGUCCGAUGUUCUCAUUUAUAUUUUAAAUUGAUUAUAAUCUUUCCUUAUUAAUAGGGUUCCUUGCAGGCAACUAAGGGUUAUCCUUAUGAGUAUCAUUAUUGUUACAAUUAUAAUUGUUAAUGUCUAAGGUAUGUGUGUAAUAUUAUACAAGAAAAUAAAUUAUUUUUUCUAAAAAUGAAAA